AUGGUCCAAGUUCCACCGAGAGGCGAUGGGAUCGCCCUCUUGUACACGUCAAUCGUGCUGCUGGCCCUCAGUUGGGUCACAUUCGUAUCACGGGUAGGAGUACGGGUAUGGAGACGAGCCUUGGGGUUGGAUGACUUUGCGAUGUUCAUAGGUAUCCUACUUUUCACGGUCACAGCCUGUCUAUGUAUUGUGUGCAGCUUUUACGGAUCUGGCCAGUUGGCUGCGGACCUGCCGGCCAGCACGAAGAUGAAAGGGACUAAGUUGUUCUUCAUCGCCGAGAUGUUCUACGCAUCCGGUGCCGCCGCGAUCAAAUGCAGCAUCGCUGUUACUCUCCUCCGUAUUGCGGACACUCGCCGCAACUUUGUCUAUUGCAUUUGGGCCAUCAUAAUCUUCUCAAUACUAUCUUCGGUCAUAUUCAUCAUCGGCGUGGCCAAUAUCUGUCACCCAAUUACUACAUUAUGGGGCGAGACUACGACCGGAUCAUGCAACUUCAAGCUGAACAGCGAUGUUAGCUUCUUCUUCUCUGCUAUUGAGAUUACAACCGAUUGGGCAUUGGCAAUCCUGCCUGCAGCCCUGCUGUGGAAAAUUCAGAUGAAGAGUAGGGUCAAAGCCUCGGUAGCUGGUAUCCUUGGAGUGGCUGCUUUUGCAAGCUGUGCAACCAUCGUCCGACUCCGCUUCCUGAGUCUGUACAGCAACCCUUCCGAAUUCAUGUUCAGCACAGGAAAAAUCGGCCUCUGGUCCGUCAUCGAAGAAGGUACGGGAAUCUUCGCUGGCUCGCUCCCUGCUCUUCGCCCACUCCUGAACCUCCGUUUGCUCAACGGCAGCGGCUCCCACGGCGGCAAUUCUGCCUCGGCAGGCCAGCAUUUUAACAAGCCGAGGACGGGUAGACAUUACGCGUCUGCGGACGUCAAAUUAGAUACUUUCCAGCAGCUGGACGACAAGGAUGAGGAUGGAGAUAGCCAGAAACAUAUCCUGAAGGAAACGCACGUCACGGUAACGACCCAGCAGUCUGGUUCUGCCGGGGAGUGGGAAAGAAACCAGGUCCUGGGGUGGAAGAAGAACAAUUAUUCGGCGGAAAGUUAA